AUGCAAAAUUCUGAAAAAAUGCUCAGCAACGGAGAAACCACCAAAAUCCAUGGCGACACAGCGCAGGAGCGUCAUGUUCUACCAAAGGGGACCGUUCUCAUAGCCGGCGGCGGUCCUGUCGGUUUACUCCUUGCCAAAGUAUUGUCACAUUAUGGCACCAAGUCCAUUCUCUUUGAGCGCAAUCAGACAACCACCCGCUGGCCCAAGAUGGAUCUUACAAAUGCUCGUUCCAUGGAACUUUUUCGCAAAUUGGGCCUAGCUGAUGACCUGCGACGGCAGGGGGUUCCCGCGCACAUCGACCAGCCUGUCUUAGUAUCGUCAGGUCUCUCCGCGAGGGAGCCCAUAACAAGAUGGGAUCUCCCCAGCGUUGAGAAGUUCCGAAAACAGAUUCGAGAGAAUAAUGACGGGACACAGCCCUCAGAGCCUUGGCAGAGGUUGUCGCAGGCGAUAUUCGAGAAGUGGCUGAAGGCCAUUUGCGACAAGGAUCCUUUGAUCAAUCUCCAAUUUGGUUAUAAAGUCGAAUCGGUCCAGGAGGAGAAUGACCACGUCAAGACAACCGUCACAUCCGUGGACUCGGGUGCCUCUUUCCAGUUUGUCUCAGACUAUGUCGCUGGCUGUGACGGCGCAUCCAGCCGAGUCCGAAAGUCGCUGGGUCUUCCUUUAGAUGGGGGACCGGUCCCGACGUGCGUUCUUCUCGUCCACUUCAAAUCUCGCGACCUUACCCGUCUACAGAAGCAAGGCCAGUUCUGGCAUAUAUUUCUCCUGGCCGAACACGGCGGCUUUGGCGGAGCCAUCAUCGCCCAGGAUGAAGUCGACACUUGGACUACUCACCUCUUUUUGCCUCUGGAUGCUGAACCAGAAAAGAUCGAGUCACGAGACGCGGUUUACAGAGUUCUCGGAGGAGUUCACGGAGAAUAUCAAAUCGAAAUCGAUGAGAUCCUUGUUCGCUCGAUCUGGCGACCUAAUAUUGCGGUGGCGCGCCGCUGGAGCAGCCCGAAUCAUCGUAUCCAUAUCGCUGGCGACGCAGCACAUCAGAAUAUCCCCACUGGGGGCUACGGAAUGAAUAUGGGCAUUGCCGACGCCUUCGAUCUGGGAUGGAAACUCGCCGCUGUCAUCAAUCGGACCGGUGGCACCGAUUUACUCGAGUCUUACGAAUUGGAGAGAAGACCCGUAGCGCUUCGAAACGUCGAGCGUUCCGGCGUCCACUUCGAGGUCCACAACAGUCUCAGAGAACUUUUAGCGGGUCGAGAUCCGCGCAGUCUUGAUGAGGAUACGGAAGACGCACGUCGAAUUCGGACCAUUAUUCACAGCCAUUAUCAGUCGCACGAUGGUGAGAACAAGGACUUUGGAAUCGAAAUGGGCUACCGAUAUAAAUCACCCGUCAUUUUCCAGGACGACAGUCUAGAAACCGAGCCUCACUGGGAACCUUCAAGAUACACUCCAACGUCUUGGCCAGGGGGCCGGCCCCCGCACGUCUUUCUUUCAGACGGCACGCCAAUAUUUGACAGGUUUGGCAGAGAUUGGACACUGCUCAUUUUUUCGAGCGAGGACUGUGGGGAGGACUUCCUGCACGAGGCAGCCAGGACUCUGUCAGUGCCGUUGGAACGAGUUAACUUAGACGACGAGCAUUUGGCGAAGAGGAUAUAUGAGAAGCGACUCGUUUUGGUCAGACCUGAUCAGCACGUCGCUUGGAGAGGGGAUAGAAUCAACAGCACAGAGGCGGCAAAGAAGUUAUUACAGGUCGUCACAGGAAGGGCUAAGUUGUGGAAGGGAGAAAGAGCAGCUGCUGUUGCCGCGGUACCGAAAUCCGCAUUCACAGCUACGAAGGAGCUCACGACUCAGGUGGAUGAUUUCAAGUUGGAGAAAAUGGGAGCGUUUCAAAUGCCAGUUUAUUCCCUAAUGCUGGGAACCAAGCCUACCAUUGUCCUGUCGUCCGACAUCGCUAUCAAGGAACUAUUGGACAAACGUGGCGGCAUCUACUCUGACCGCCCCGACUUGUAUAUCAGUCAAGAUGUCGCCAGCGGAGGCCAUAGAUUGGUCGUCAUGAGAUACGGUGAAAGAUGGAGGACGAUCCACCGACUGAUUCACAAUAUUCUGAACAUCAAGGUGGCUGCAAAGUACAUCCCCUACCAGGACCUGGAGAACAAGGUCCUUCUCAAAGGACUCCUGGAUGCGCCCGGAUCGGAGGAUCUGUUCAAACAUUUGAGGAGAUUCAGCUACUCCUUAUCCACCCAGAUGAUCUUCGGGUACCGUUGCCCAGAUUUCCGCGACGAGAGACUGGCCCAACUUUUCUACGUAGUCAACGGGUGGAGCGAGGUGUCGGAAAGCGCGUCCUCUCAACUCGCCGAUCUGUAUCCGAUGCUCCAGAAACUCCCAAGCUUCAUGCUGCCCAGUGUCCGCAAGGGGAGGCACGUACACCAGGUUGGGCGAGAGCUGUACACCGAACACUGGUUGAAGGCCAAGCAGGAUCUCAAAGAUGGAACUGGCCUGCCAUGUAUCUGCAACGAUCUCCUGCUCGCUCAACAGAGCGAGAAUCUGUCCGACGAGGCCGUUGGCUAUAUCGUGGGAUCCUUGCUCGAAGGAGGCUCCGAUACCACCUCCUCGACAAUGUACGCCUUCAUCCAGGCAAUGAUGGUCUAUCAAGACGUGCAGAAGAAGGCACAGGAAGAAAUAGACCGUGUGGUCGGGCCCGACCGCUUACCAAACGUUGACGACUACUCCAAAUUACCCUACAUCCGUUGUUGUGUCAAGGAGACGCUUCGCUGGAUGCCUACAGUCAUCAUGGGCGUUCCACAUAGUGUUACGAAAGAUGAUACUUAUAACGGUUGGAAGAUUCCGAAGGGAGCGACUGUCAUCAACAACGUUUGGGGCAUUCACAUGGAUCCCAACCGCUCUCCCGAGCCUCGCCGAUUCAACCCCGAAAGGUUCGUGGGAGACGACACCACGCUCUACGAAUCCGCCAACGGUGAGCCACUGAAGCGAGAUAACUUCAACUUUGGCGCCGGUCGUCGAUUAUGCCAAGGUGUCCAUAUUGCAGAGAGGUCCCUCUACCUGGGAAUGUCCCGAAUCCUAUGGGGUUUCCACCUCCGCAAGGCUCUAGACAAAGCCGGCAACCCGAUCACUCCGGAUAUCAAUGAUCUAGUGGGAGGGAUAACAGUCCACCCUCGUCAGUAUCCCAUUGACAUCGUGCCUCGGAGCCCUGAGAGGACGUCAAUCAUCCGACAAGCGGUCAAGGACGCUGAAGAACUGUUGCACCCAGAAACGGGGCAAUGGAAGAAGGUUCCAGAAGGGAUGGUAUUUGGAGCUUGGAAGCCUAGUGAGAGGAAGUGA